AACCAACUCGACAGCACUUAACAACAACAACAUUUAGUUGAUCUACCUCUGUUUGUGUUAGUUUAGGUAGGUAGUAUGUUUCUAGGAAUUUAUCCAUUUCUUCUAGGUUUUCAAAUUUGUUAGAGUACAAUUUUUCAUAGUAAUCUGAUAUGAUUCUUUUAAUUUCGGUUGGGUUUGUUGUGAUAUCACCCAUCUCAUUUCUUAUUCAGAUUAUUUACUUCCUCUCCUGUUUUUCUUUUUUCAGUUUGGCCAGUGGUUUAUCAAUUGUGUUAAUGUUUUUCAAAGAAUCAGCUUUUGAUCUUGUUAACUCUUUCAAUUGUUUUUGUUUUCUAUUUCAUUUAGUUCUGCUCUAUUUUAUUAUUUCCUUUCUUGUAGUGCCUGAAGGUUUCUUUUGGUGCUCUCUUUUUUUUUUUUAAUUAACUUUUAUUGAACUUCAAGUGAAUGUUUACAAAUCAAGUCAGACUGUCACAUAUAAGUUUAUAUACACCUUACUCCGUACUCCCACUUGCCCUCCCCCUAAUAAGUCAGCCCUUCCAGUCUCUCCUUUCGUAAAAAUAUGGAACACUUCACGAAUUUGCGUGUCAUUCUUGUGCAGGGGCGAUGCUAAUCUUCUCUGUAUCGUUCCAAUUUUAGUACAUGUGCUGCUGAAGCGAGCACUGUUGCUCUCUUUUUAUUUGUUCAAGUUGUAGGGAUAAUUCUUUGAUUUUGGCCCUUUCUUCUAUUUGUAUGUUUGCAUUUACGGUAUAAAUUGACCUCUGAGCACUGCUUUCACUGUGUCCCAAACGUUCUAAUAGAAAGUGUUUUCAUUCUAAAUGGGUUCUAUGAAUUUCUUUAUUCCAUCCUUAACGUAUUCUAUAACCAAGUCUUUUCUGAGCAGGGUAUUGUUCAGUUUCCACGUGUUUGAUUUCUUUUCCCAGCUUUUUCUGUUUUUGAUUUCUACUUUUAUGGCCUCAUGGUCAGAGAAGAUGCUUUGUAAUAUUUCGAUGUUUUGGAUUCUGCUAAGGCUUGCUUUAUGACCUAAUAUGUGGUCUAUUCUAGAGAAUGUUCCAUGUGCACUAGAAAAGAAAGUAUACUUGGCUGCUGUUGGGUGGAGUGUUCUGUAUAUGUCUAGGAGGCCACUCUGGUUUAUUGUGGCAUUUAGAUCUUCCAUGUCUUUAUUGAGCUUCUUUCUGGAUUUCCUGUCCAUCACCAAAAGUGGUCUGUUGAAGUCUCCUACCGUAAUUGUGGAGCUGGCUAUCUCACUUUUCAAUGUUGUGAGAGCUUGUUUUAUGUAUCUUGCAGCCCUGUCGUUGGGUGCAUAAGUAUUUAAUAUUGUUAUACCCUCCUGGCAUAUUGUCCCUUUAAUCAUAAUAUAGUGUCCUUCCUUAUCCUGUUUUGUGGAUUUAACUUUAAAGUCUAUUUUUUCAGAAAUUAAUAUUGCCACUCCUGCUCUUUUUUGAUUGUUGUUUGCUUGAUAUAUAUUUUUUCCAUCCUUUUUUUUUGAAUUUUAGUUUGUUUGUGUCCCUAAGUCUAAGGGAGUUCCUUGCUUAGAGAAUCAAUAAGGAAGGCUCGUGUUUUUUUUUAUCCAUUCUGCCACUGUUAGUCUUUUUAUUGAUGCAUUUAGUCCAUUAACAUUCAGCUUAAUUAUGGAUAGGCAUGGGUUUAGUGCUCUCAUUUUGAUGUCUUUUUUGUGUUUUGUUGACAGAUUCUACUUCCCACUUAAUUUUUUGUGCUGAGUAGUUUGUCUUUAUAUGUUGUCUUUUCUUCAUAUUUGUUGUUGUUGUUUUUUUUCUGCUGAGUCUCUAUUUUUUUCUUGUAUUUUAUUUUGAAGAGUAGGAUAGUUAGUCUCCUUUGUGGUUACCUUAAUAUUUACUCCUGUUUUUCUAAGUUUAAACCUAACUUUCAUUUCUUUAUAUUGCUUUGACUUCCUCUCCAUAUGAAAGAUCUAUGACUACAUUUCUUAGUCCCUCUUUAUUCUUUUAAUGUUGUCCUCUUUUACGUAAUAACAUCGCUAUUUCCCUGUUUUGAAUGUUUUUUUAUCUUGAUUUAUUUUUGUGAUUUCACUAUCUGGGUUCACAUCUGAUUGCUCUGUCCAGUGUCUAGUCUUGGGUUGAUACUUGAUAUUAUCGAUUCUCUAAGCAAGGAACUCCCUUUAAUAUUCCUUGCAGUUUUGGUUUGGUUUUACGAAUUCCCUAAACUUCUGUUUAUCUGGAAAUGUCCUAAUUUCACCUUCACAUUUGAGAGACAGUUUUGUUGGAUAUAUGAUUCUUGGCUGGCAAUUUUUUUCCUUCAAUUUUUUAUAUAAGUCAUCCCAUUGUCUUCUUGCCAGCAUUGUUUCUGCUGAGUAGUCUGAGAUUAUUCUUACUGACUCCCCUUUGUAGGUGACUUUUCAUUUAUCCGUAGCUGCUCUUAAGAUUCUCUCUUUAUCUUUGGUUUUGGCGAGUUUGACUAUAAUAUGUCUUGGUGACUUUCUUUUAAAAUCUACCUUAUGUGGAGUUCAAUGAGCAUCUUGUAUAGCUAUCUUCUCAUCUUUCACGAUAUCAGGGAAGUUUUCUUCCAAUAAAUCAUCAACAGUUCUCUCUGUAUUUUCUGUUAUCCUUCCCUGUUCUGGUACUCCUAUCACUUGUAGGUUAUUUCUCUUGAUAGGGUCCCACAUUAUUCUUAAUGUUUCUUCAUUUUUUGAAUUCUUUUAUCUGAUUUUUCUUCAAAUAUAUUGGUGCCAAGUGCUUUAUCUUCAGUCUCAGCAAUUCUGCCUUUCACUUGCUCAAUUCUGCUCCUCUGACUUUCUGUUCAGUUGUCUAAUUCUGUAAUUUUGAAUUUUGUUUCUUAAUAUGCCAAGUGACCCAUCUUUUUAGAUUGCUGAGUUCAGCUCGUUUUUCUCAUGUUAUGGGUGUUGUUAUAUGAUGUUGAGUUGGUACAUAGUGACGCCAUGUACAACAGAAUGAAACAGUGUCGGGUCCUGUGCCAUGCUCACAAUCCUUGUUAUGCUUGAGCCUAUUUUUGUUGCCAUUGCAUUAAUCCACCUCAUUGAGAGUAUUCCUCUCUUUUGCCGUCUCUUUACUUUACCAAACAUGAUGUCCAUCUCCACCGACUGGUCUCUCCUGAUAACAUGUCCAAAGUAGGUGAGACAAAGUCUUGCCAUCUUUGUUUCUAAGGAGCAUUCUGGCUGUACUUCUUUCAAAACAGAUUUGUUCGUUCUUCUGACAGUCCAUUGUAUAUUCAAUAUUCCUCAUCAACGCCAUAAUUCAAAGGCAUCAAUUCUUCUUUGAUGUUCCUUAUUCAUUGUCCAACUUUCACGUGCAUAAAGUGCACCUUAAUCCUUAAAGUGACAUCUUUGCUUUUAAACACUUUAAAGAGGUCUUUUGUUACAAAUUUUCCUAAUGCAAUGGAUCAUUUGAUUUCUUGACUGCUGCUUCCAUGGGUAUUGUCCAUGGAUCCAAGUAAAGUGAAAUCCUCGAUAACUUCAGUCUUUUCUCUGUUUAUCAUGAUGUUGCAUAUUGGUUGAGUUGUGAGUCUUUUUGUUUUCUUUAUGUUGAGGUGUAACCCAUACUGAAGGCUGUGGUCUUUGACAUUUGUCAGUAAGUGCUUCAAAUCCUCUUGGCUUUCAGCAAGCAAGGUUGUGUCACCUGCAUGAUUCAGGUUGUUAAUGAGUCUUCUCCAAUCCUGAUGUCCUGUUCUUCUUUGUAUACUCCAACUUCUUGGAUUAUUUGCUCAGUAUAUAGAUUGAAUAACUGUGGUGAAAAGAUACAACCUUGAUGCACACAUUUCUUGACUUUGAACCAUGCAGUAUUCCCUUGUUCUGUUCCAAUGACUGUCUUUGGUCUAGGAAAAGGUUUCUCAUGAGCACAAUUAAGUGUUCUGGAAUUCUCGUUCUUUGUAAUGUUACCCAUAAUUUGUUAUGAUCCACACAGUCAAAUACCUUUGCAGAGUCAAUAAAACAUAGGUAAGCACCUUUCUGAUAUUCUCUGCUUUCAGCCAGGAUCCAUCUGACAUGAGCAAUGCUAUCCUUAGUUUCAAAUCCUGUUCUGAAUCCAGCUUGAAUUUCUGGCAGUUCCCUGUCAAUAUACUGCUGCAGCAGCUUUUGAAUGACCUGUAGCAGAAUUUUACCUAUGUUAUAUGUUAGAUAGUGUUCGAUAAUUUCCAUAUUCACUUGGAUCAUCUUUCUUUGGAAUAGGCAUAAAUACCGAUCUCUUCCAGUCAUUUGGCCAGGUAGCUGUCUUCUAAGUUUCUUGGGAUAGACAGCUGAGUGACCAUUUCCAGAGGUGCGUCCAUUUGUUGAAACAUUUCAAUUGGUAUUCCGUCAAUUCCUGAAGCUUUGUUUAUUGCCAAUGCCUUCAGGGUAGCUUGAACCUCUUUCUUCAGCACCAUCAGUUCAUGAUCACAUACUGCCUCCUGAAAUGAUUGAACAUUGACCAAUUCUGCUUGGCAUAGUGACUCUGUGUAUUCCUUUCAUCUUCCUUUGGUACUUCCUCUGUCAUUUAAUAUUUUCCUCAUAGAAUCCUUCAGUAUUGCAACUUGAGCCUUGAAAUUUUUCUUCAAUUCUUUCAACUUGAGAAAUACCGAGCAUGGUCUUUGAAAUCUCCUGUUCAUCUCUAUCAUUUCAUCAUUUCCUCCUUUUGCUUUCGCUACUUGACAUUCAGAGAGCAAGUUUCAGAGUCUCUUCUGACAUCCAUUUUGGUAUUUUAUUUCUUUUCUGUCUUUUUAAUGGCCUCCUGAUUGCUUCAUGUAUGAUGUUCUUGGUGUCAUUCCACAACUUAUCUGGUCUUCAGACAUUAAUGUUCAAUGCAUCAAAUCUUUUCUUGAGAUGGUCUCUAAAUUCAAGUGGGAUAUACUCAAGGUCAUACUUUGGCUUUCGUGGACUUCUAAUUUUCCUCAGUUUCAACUUGAACUUGCAUGUGGGCAAUCGAUGGUCUGUUCCACAGUUGGCCCCUGGUCUUGUUCUGACUGAUAUUGAGCUUUUCCAUCAUCUCUUUCCACAGAUAUAGUUGAUUUGAUUCCUGUCUAUUCCACCUGGCGAGGUCUACAUGUAUAGUUGCCAUUUAUGUUGGUGAAAAAAGGUAUUUGCAAUGAAGAAGUCAUUGGCGUUGCAAGAUUCUAUCACACUAUCGCCAGCAUGUUUCUGUCACCAGGGCCGUAUUUUCUGACUUCGGAUCCUUCUUUUUUUUCUGACUUUCACAUUUCAAUCACCAGUAAUUAUCAAUGCAUCCGGAUUGCAUGUUUGAUUAAUUUCAUUCUGCAGAAGUUGGGAAAAAUCUUCAAUUUCUUCAUCUUUGGCCGUAGUGGUUGGUGAGUAAAUUUGAAUAAUAGUUGUAUUGACUAGUCUUCCUUGUAGGCAUAUGGAUGUUAUCCUAUCACUGACAGUGUUGUGCUUCAGGAUAGAUCUUGAAAUAUUCUUUUUGACAAUGAAUGCUGUGCCAUCCUUUUCAAGUUGUCCUUCUCAGCAUAGUAGAUCAUAUGAUUGUGUGAUUCCAAAUGGUCAAUAGGUCCAUUUCAGUUCACUAAUGCCUAGGAUAUCGAUGUUUAUGUCUUUCAUUUCAUUAUGAGUAUUUCCAAUUUUCCUAGAUUCACACUUCGUACCUUUCACAUUCCAAUUACUAAUGGAUAUUUGUAGCUGUUUCUUCUCAUUUUGAGUUGCUCCACAUCAGCAAAUGAAGGCCCCAAAAGCUUGACUCCAUCCACAUCAAUAAGGUUGACUCCACUUUGAGGAGGCAGCUCUACCCUCACCGUCUUUUGAGUGUCUUCCGGCACUGUAUCAGAUAAUGUUCCUCUGCUAGUCAUAAGGUUUUCAAUGGCUCGUUCUUUUCAAAAGUAGACUGCUGGGUCCUUCUUCCUAGUAUGUCUUAGUCUGGAAUCUUAGCUGAAACCUGUGUGCCAGGUGCCUUUUAUUAUCAGUUUCUUUAUAAAUUCAUUCUCUAUUUGUUGGCUAGUGAACAUCUGAAAAUGGUAAGAUCAGCAUAUUAUGUGCCACAACAUUGUAUGUAGUACAUAUGAAUAACAAUAGAUGUACCAAAAAAAAGGAUCGUCUUCAUUGUGGUUUGUCGUAACUCGAAUACAUCAUAAGUAAGAAAGUACCUGUAUCUGGUGGUAGCAGCAGCAAGUAACCUAGAUAAAACCCCCUUUCCCCUGCUAAGAACUCACUACUCUCUUUUAGUUGUACAGCAAACCUGAAAUAGCCAUCUGUCAGAGAGCAAUACCAAGACAACAUUUUUAGAUUUCUUCACUGUGAUUGUCUGGUAUUUGAAUACCAAUGGCAUAACUUCCAGCAUCACAGCAACAUGCAAGCCCCCACAGUAUGACAAACUGACAGAUGUAUGGGGGGAAGAAGAAGAAUUUAUGCCUUUGAAUUAUGAUGUUGGCAAAGAAUAUUGAAAUACCACAGAUUCCCAGAGGAAAGAAUGAAUCUCUGUUGGAAGAAAUAUAGCCAGAAUGCUCUCUAGAAGCAAGAAUGGUGAGACUUCAUCUCAUAUACUUUGGACACGUUAUUAGGAAGGACCAGUCCCUGGAGAAAGACAUCAUGCUUGGUAAACUAGAGGGUCAGCAAAAAAGAGGAAGACCUUCAAUAAGAUGGAAUGACACAGUGGCUACAACAAUAGGUUCAAACAUAGCAAUGAUUGUGAGGAUGGCACAGGACUGGGCAGUGUUUCUUCUGUUGUACAUAGGGUCUCUAUGAGUCAAAACCAACUGGAGGAUACUUAAAAACAACACUGGUGCCUUCUUACUUGGCUUAUGAUCUUGUUUAUUAGAUUGAUUUGUAAACACACAGCAGACAAUCACAGUGAAGAAAUCUAAAAAUGUUGUCUUGCUACUGCUCUCUGACAGAUGGCUAUUUCAGAUUCAGCUGUACAACUAAAAGGGAGUAGUGAGUUCUUAGCAGGGGAAAGGGGUUUUAUUUAGGUUACUUGCUGCUGCUACCACCAGGUACAAGUACUUUCUUACUUAUGAUGUAUUCGAGUUACAACAAAUCGCAAUGAAGACGAUCCUUUUUUUUUGGUACAUCUAUUGUUAUUCAUAUGUACUACAUACAAUGUUGCGGCAUGUAAUAUGCUGAUCUUACCAUUUUCAGAUGUUCACUAGCCAACAAAUAGAGACCGAAUUUAUAAAAAAACUGAUAAUAAAAGGCAAUAAUUGCUCUCGUUGCUAGGAGUGUCUAGGUGAUUUCCACCUAUGAUGGUCCUAUGUACAAGAGGACGAAACACUGCCCAGUCCUGUGCCAUGCUCACAACAAUUGCUAUGUUGGAGCCCAUUGUUGCAGGCACUGUGUCAAUCUGUCUCAUUGAGGGUCUUCCUCUUUUUCUCUGCUCCUCUACUUUACCAAGCAUGAUGUCCUUCUCCAGAGUCUAGUCUCUCCUGAUAACAUGUCCAAAAAAUGUGAAAUGUAGUCUCGCCAUUCUUCCUUCUAAGGAGCAUUCUAGCCGUACUUCUUCCAAGACAUAAUUGUUCCUUCUUUUGGCGGUCUAUGGUAUAUUCAAUUUUCUUGGCCAACACUCCAAAGCCGUCAAUUUUUUUUUUGGUCUUUCUUAUAUUAUUCAUUGUCUAGCUUUGGUAUGCAUAGGAGGUGAUUGAAAAGCACCUUGACCAUGGCUUGAGUCAGUCUCACAUUAGUCUUCAAGGUAACAUCUUUGCUUUUUAAUACUUUAAAGGGGUGUUUUGCAGCAGAUUUGCCCAAUGCAAUGCAUCAUUUGAGUUCUUGACUGCUGCUUCCAUGGGUGUGGAAUGUGGAUCCACGAAACAUGAAAUUCCUGACAACUUCAAUUUUUUCUCCCUUUAUCAUGUUGUUGCUUAUUGGUCCAGUUGUGAGGAUGUUUGCUUACUUUAUGUUGAGGUGUAAUCCAUAGUGAGGCUGUGCUCUUUGAUUUCAUCAGUAAGUGCUUCAAGUCCUCUUUACUUUUAGCAAGUAAGGUUGUGUCAUCUGCAUAUCUCAGGUUGUCAAUAAGUCUUCCUUUAAUCCUGAUGCCCCGUUCUUCUUCAUAUAGUCCAGCUUCUCGAAACAUAAAAAUUAUAAUACCAAUUAUAAACAGCAAUGUUUAUAGAAACAUUAUUCACUAUAGCCAAAAGGUGGAAACAACCUAACUGUCCAUUGUGAUGGUUAAUGUUCUGUGUCAACUCAGGUAGGCUAUGAUUCUCAGUGCUUUAGCAGGCAUUAUGUAAUCACCUUUCAUUUUGUGAUGUGACGUGAGCAGCCAAUCAGUUGAAAGGGGAGUUUCCUUGGGGGUGAGGCCUGCCUGCAGAAUAUAAAUGUAUGUUCUGGCAAAGCUCUCAUUCUCUUUCUGCCCUGCACUCUUCUCAUUGCCUGACCUAUGGUUCUUGGGACAAAAGCCUCCAGAAGUCUCUGGUCUGCUGCCUGACCCUCAGAAUUUUUGUUUGUCAACCUCUGCUAACUCAUGAGCUAGUAGAAGCCUCCAGCCUGCCACGUGAUCCACCAAUUUUGGGUUUUUCAGCCCCUGCAAUCAUGUGAGACAGCAGAGGUCUUCAGCCUGUCAUCUGGCCCGUGGCUUUGAGCCUUACCAGCCCUCACAAUUCGUGAGCCUUUUCCUCAGAAUUGCAUGAGCCAUUUCCUUGAAGUAAAAUUCUGUCUAUAUUUAUAUACACUUCACUGGUUUUACUCCUCUAGAGAGCUUUAACUAAGGCAUCCAUCAACAGAGGAACAGAUAAAUAAAAUGUGGUUUAUACAUAGGCUGCCAGCUGAAAGGCUGGUGGUUGGAACUCACCCAACGGCUUUGUGGGAGAAAGAUAUGGUAAUCUGCUUUCAUAAGGAUUAUAGCCAAGAAAAACCCCAUACGGUCAUUCUACUCUGUCACAUGGGAAUCGUUCUACUCUGUCACAUGCGGUUGCUAUGAGUUGGAAUCGACUGAUGGUACCUGACAACAUAUACACUCCAUCAAGUAUUAUUCAAUUAUAAAAAGAAAUGAAGUUCUGAUACAUGCCACCACAAGGGUAAAUUUUGAAAACUGAGUGAAAUAAGCCAGACACAAAAGGUCAAAUACUGUAUGAUUCCAUGAUUAUGAAAUAUCUAGAAUGGGUAAAUCCAUGGAGCCAAAAGAAGUUUAGUGGUUAUGAGGGCCAUAGGGAAAGAAAACGCUCUCUGCAUAGCUGCAGCUAGUGUAAUGUAGGAAUCAGGACAGAUGACCCAGUAAGCAAGUGUCAUGGAUUGAAUUGUGUCCCCCCAAAAUAUCUGUCAAUUUGGGUAGGCCAUGAUUUCCAAUAUUGUAUGGUUGCCCACCAUUUUGUCUUCUGAUUGAUUUUCCUAUGUGUUGUAAACCCUACCUCUAUGUUGUUAAUGAGGCAGGAUUAGAGGCAGUUAUGUCAAUGAGUCAGGAGUCAAUCUCCAAGAUUAGAUUGUAUCUCGAGUCAAUGUCUUUUGAGAUAUAAAAGACAGAAGGGAACAGGGAGACAUGGGAACCUCAUACCAUCAACAAAGUAGUGCCAGCAGCAGAGUGUGUCCUUUGGACCCGGGAUUCCUACAUUAAGAAGCUCCUUGACCAGGGAAAAUUGAUGACAAACACCUUCCUCCAGAGUCGACAGAGAGAGAAAGCCUUCCUCUGGAGCUGACACCCUGAAUUCGGACUUCUAGCCUCCUAGACUGUGAGAGAAUAAAUUUCUCUUUGUAAAAGCCAUCCACUUGUCAUAUUUAUGUUAUAGCAGCACUAGAUAACCAAUUCAGCACAGUAUGCAAGAGUUAGUCCAGCACAGGAACUGUCUGGGCAAGCGUGCAUCUGCUCCACAGUGGAAUCUCUUUUCAGUGUGGAUCUCUAAUGGCAAUGAUCCCCUCCCAAAGGGAAAACUGAAGCUAAUCAUGGUGGUCUGGGCCAGAAUACCAUUGUUGCAGAUAACACAGAAGCAGAAGGGCACACUCACUGAAAGAGAAGUUUGGACAGUGCAAGGAGCCAGCCCAGGGCAGACACAGGGAGGCUUCGGUAUCUUGUUCAGCACACAAGGGAGUGACUUUCUGGGGCAGGCUCAGCCUCAUGGGCACGUGAGCUGUGCUCAGGAGGGCCUAUGCUAGGUUUAAUGCACUACUGUCACCAUCUUGAAAUUUGAAAAAUGAGUCCCAAAAUUUACAUAUCCUGUCCUGUUCUGGAAGAAUCCAUUCUUAUCAGGACUUGGGACCUGAAAUAACCUUGGGUCAAAGCCUUAACUUGAACUACAGAAUGUCAUAAAGAUCAGGCUAAAGUCCACGGCGGUCUCUGAACAGAGUAGUGGGAGACUGGGACCAUUAGCCUUCAGACAGGACCAGAUCUGAGGACAGGUCACAGGUCCCUCCUGUCCCAUGGUAGCCGGCCCUGAGAGGCGGAUGCUGUCUGAACCCAUGGUGAUAUUGCUAAGGCUUACCUGCACAUUUAUGCUUUGGAUAAUUGCAAGUCUCCAUGGGGUAGAUGUAAAAUUCUCAACCAAUCCUUCUGUUGUCUUCAAGUCUUGAGUUCAGGGUUCCUCCAGGUAUUACUGUAUUUCAAAGCUGACUCUUCAAGCAAUGUCUUCCACGGCCAUUUUAGGAAGAUCCUGAUGCGGAAUAUGAGCACAACCAGGGAGCCUGACUAUUUAGAGAAACCACACCUUUUUUGGAUGUGCUCCCUGUUACCCAUUACUGCCAAGAAAGAGUUUUAAGAGUCAUGAAAUUGUCCCACCUAACAGCAGGUUAUGGCUGGGGUCUAGGGCACCAGUGAUGCCUUUGCAGAAGUGUCACGUGGUCUAAAUUCUUUGUUAAUAACCUAGGAAUAUACGAAGAUGGGUUUGGGCAUUGCGCACUCUCAAAAUCCAAUUCACAUAGGAUGGAACGCAAAAAAUACACAGCAGGAACUGGCAGGUACUUGGCCAGCACUGUCCCACAGGGAUUAUCAGGGUCGGUUAAAACCACACCAAAGGAAGUGUUCACUUACAACCUGGUAGAACAUGGAUCCCAGAGAAGUAGGAGAUGAUGGCAUGACAUGGGUGCUCACAUAUUUGCUUUAGGAAUUGGAUAAAAAAUAAGAGAAUGGACUAGAAUACACUCCAGAGAAGUCAGCAGGGUCAGGUGAGUUUUUCCAGGAUUGGUGGGUGGGGUCAAUCUCCCUAGGUGGAGGCAGAAGGGCCGGAAAAUGGGGUGAAGGUUUAGAUUGAUUGUGCAAUGAUUAAUUUAAGGAGGAUACUCUGUCUUCCAAUUAAAUUCCAUUUUGCUAAGUGGCUCAGUGAUAAGAUAACAUGAAGGAAACUUAUGUAGUAGGCACGGCCUGUAGGGAAAGCCAGUGGCUUUGGCUUCUGCUGAGAUGGCUGAGGGACUCUGGGUUGCCCUGUCUGCACUCAGGAUGCUGCUUCUCUUGCUGUGUGCUGAGCCCUGGGCUGAGGGUGGGAAGGUGCUGGUGGUGCCCAUGGAGGGCAGCCAUUGGCUCAGCAUGAGAAAGGCUGUGCAAGAGCUCCACACCAGGGGCCACCAGGCAGUUGUCCUUGCACCUGAGGUGAAUGUGCAAGUUAAAGGAGAAGACUUCUUCACCCUGAAAACCUAUGCCAUUCCGUACACCCAGGAGGAAUUUGAAGACUUCUUCCUGCACCAUAACCACCUGGUUUUUGAAACUGAACAUUUUCUGAAGACAUUUUUUAAAUCAAUCAAAAUUUUUCAAAAUGUGGUUGCAUUCUAUGAAAGGUCUUGUGCAAGCCUUUUGUAUAAUAAGGACCUGAUCCAGUAUCUGAAUGAUAGUUCCUUUGAUGUGGUUUUAACCGACCCUGUUAAUCCCUGUGGGGCAGUGCUGGCCAAAUACCUGUCAGUUCCUGCCGUGUAUUUUUUGCGUUACAUUCCAUGUGAAUUGGAUUUUGAGAGUGCGCAAUGCCCAAACCCAUCUUCGUAUAUUCCUAGGUUAUUAACAAAGAAUUCAGACCACAUGACAUUUCUGCAAAGGGUCAAGAACGUGCUCUAUCCUCUGGCCCUGCAGUCCUUUUGCAGUAUGUUUUUCGCUCCUUUUGCAAGCCUUGCUUCUGAGCUCUUUCAGAGGGAGUUUUCCAUCGUGGACAUUUUCAGCUAUGGAUCUGUGUGGCUGUUCAGAGGAGACUUCGUGAUGGACUACCCCAGGCCAAUCAUGCCCAACAUGAUCUUCAUUGGGGGCAUAAACUGUGCCCACAGAAAGCCACUCUCUCAGGUCUGUAUUGAUGCUCUUACUCAAUCAGUGUGCCAGAUGAAACACAUUUUUUAAAAACUUACUUUCAAGUGCUUACUGUUCUACCAAUCUUUCUAGAGAUUUCUGCCCCUCAUUCUCCUUAGAACAGCCUUCUGUGAGAUAAACCGUUGAAGUGUUAACAGUAGUGUAGUUAACAUUUGGAAUAGUCAUUGAGGAGAAUGAGAGGGAGUUGAGGGUCUAUAACAUGUUCGACAAGCAAUGGUGUUCCUCAACCAAGAUUGUCUAUUUGUAAAGGCACCAUCUUUGUAGCUGUACAAUUUUCUUUAGCUGUUCAGGAGCCAGAAAUCGAGUCAUGGAAGCCAGAAUUUUAUCUAAGGUACGGCACAUAUAGCACAUGCCCUGGGUGCCAUCGGGGCUGAGGUGGCGGGAGUGCUAAUGAAGAGUUUCUAUUAGCCAAUGUAGUUGCCAUGGUCAGCUGUGAAAGAUUAUUUAGCAAUUUAACACUACUUUCCCUAUACGAUAUUUUCUGUUAUAUACACCUCUUUUGUUGGAAUUGAUCCAUCAGGGGUUUAUUGCUUGCAGGUGUUGAGUAAAAGGAUGAACACAUGAGCAAAUUGCAUUUGUUGACAUGAGAGUUUUAGAGGCCACAUCUUAGAAGGAUGGAGAUGUGACAACAGAGGGGACCUAAGUAUCCAAGGGAAGUAGAAGUUCCAAAGAGGUUGAAUAAGUUAUAUGGAAGUGAGACAAUUCCAGAGAGGGGGAGAUUGGGUGCCUGAUAUCAGAGGAAAAAAUAAUUGUGUCCAACAUUUCAGAGGUGGAAUCUUUCUGACAGUAUGUUGUUUGCCCAGGAAUUGGUGCUUGGUGUGGAAUGUGGGAGCACACCAGACUUGGGAAGGCAUCAUGAAGGUUGCAUGUCAAAUGGGUCUUCUACUUCAGAUGCUGACAUCAUCAAAAGGUAGUGGUUAGGGUUAGGGAGGAGAUAAAACUGUGAACCUAAGAGCCCAGUGAAGGUAGAGACAGUGAUGAAGAGAAGUAAACUUAAAAGGGAAAGGUUUGUUAGGAGGGGUUGACGACACCACAAAACCCACCCCAUCCCACCACACCCCAACCAAGCUCAGGUUUCUGUGGUGGGAACUACUCUUUACCAAUAAUUUCAGAGACAUCAUACAUUAACCCUCAAUAUUUGGGUUUGUUAAAAUAAGACUGUUGGGGGCUGAAUUUUGUUUCUUAGUACAAUGAGUGAGCCAUCUUUUUAGAUUGUUGAAUUCAGCUCAUUUAUGUCAUGUUGGUAUUGUCAUUAUGUGACGUUGAGUUGGCACAUGGUAACCCCCUGUACAACAGAAUGAAAUGUUGCCAAGUCCUGUGCCAUCCUCACAAUCCUUAUUUUGCUUGAGCCCGUUUUUGCAGCCACUGUGUUAAUGCAUCUCAUUGAGGGUCUUCCUCUCUUUUGCUGACUCUUUACUUUACCAAGCACGAUGUCCUACUCCAGGGACUGGUCCCUCCUGAUAAUGUGUCCAAAGUAGGUGAGAGUAAGUCUUGCCAUUUUUGCUUCUAAGGAGCAUUCUGGCUAUACUUCUUCCAAAACAGAUUUGUUCCUUCUUCUGGCAGUCCAUGGCAUUUUCAAUAUUCUUUUUCUACACCAUGAUUCAAAGGCAUCAAUUCUUCUUUGAUCUUACUUAUUUAUUGUCCAGCUUUCAGAUGCAUAAGCAUCAGUUGCACCUUAGUAUUUAAAGUGGCAUCUUUGCUUUCUUUUUUUUUUUUAACACUUUAAAGAAAUCUUUUGUUACAGAUUUGCCCAAUACAAUGCAUCAUUUGAUUUCUUGACUGCUGCUUCCAUUUGUGUUGUUUGUGGAUCCAAGUAAAAUCCUUGACAACUUCAGUCUUUUCUCUGUUUAUCAUGAUGUUUCUUAUUAGUUGAGUUGUGAGUAUUUUUGUUUUCUUUAUGUUGAGGUGUAAUCCAUACUGAAGGCUGUGGCUUUUCAUAUUUAUCAGUAACUCUUUCAAGUCCUCUUGGCUUUCAGUAAGCAAGGUUGUGUCAUCUGCAUAAUUCGGGUUGUUAAUGAGUCUUCCUCCAAUGCUGAUGCCCUGUUCUUCUUUGUAUACUCCGUCUUCUCAGUAUACAUAUUUAAUAAGUAUGGCAAAAGGAUACAACGUGAGCACACCUGUCCUGACUUUGAACCAUGCAAUGUCCCCUUGUUCUGUUGCAAUGACUGCCUCUUGGUCUCGAACAGGUUUCUUAUAAGCACAACUAAGUGUUCUGGAAUUCCUAUUCUUCCCGAUGUUAUCCAUAAUUUGUUAUGAUCCACACAGCUGAAUACCUUUGCAUAGUCAGGAAAACAUAGGUAAACAUGUUUCUGAUAUUCUCUGCUUUCAGCCAGGAUCCAUCUGACAUGAGCAAUAAUAUCCCUGGUUUCAAGCUCUGUUCUGAAUCCAGCUUGAAUUUCUGGCAGUUUCCUGUCAAUAUACAGCUGCAGCUGCUUUUGAUUGAUCUUCAGCAAAGUUUUACCUAUGUGUUAUAUUAAUCAGGAAACCCUGGUGGCGUAGUGGUUAAGUGCUACGGCUGCUAACCAAGAGGUUGGCAGUUCAAAUCUGCCAGGCACUCCUUGGAAACUCUAUGGGGCAGCUCUAUAGGGUCACUAUAAGUCAGAAUUGACUCGAUGGCAGUGGGUUUGGGUUUUUUUAGUGUUCGAUAAUUUCAACAUUCGCUUGGAUCGUCUUUCGUUGGAAUAGGUAUAAAUAUGGAUCUCUUCCAGUCAUUUGGCCAGGUACCUGUCUUCUAAAUUUCUUGGCAUGGACAGACAAGUGAGCACUGCCAGAGAUGCAUCCAUUUGUUGAAACAUCUCAAUUGGUGUUCCUUCAGUUCCUGGAGACUUGUUCUUUGCCAGUGCCUUCAGGGUAGCUUGAACUUCUCUCUUCAGCACCAUUGGUUCCUGAUUACAUGCUACGUCUUGAAAUGAUUGAACGUUGACCAAUUCUUUUUGGUGUAGUGACUCUGUGUAUUCCUUCCAUCUUCUUUUACUACAUCCUGUGUCAUUUAAUAUUUUCCCCAUAGAAUCCUUCAAUAUUGCAACUCGUGGCUUUAAAUUUUUCCUCAGUUCUUUCAGCUUGAGAAAUGCCGGCCAAGUUCUUCUCUUUUGGUUUUCUAGCUGUCACAGUCAUUAUAACACUUUGUCUUCUGGAGCCGCCCUUUGAAAUCUCCUGUUCAACUCUUUCACAUCAUCAUCUCUUCAUUUUGCCUUCGCUACCAUUUUGGUUGGUUACUGGGUUACUCGACACUCAAGAGCAAGUUUCAGAGUGUCUUCUGACAUCCAUUUCGGUCUUUUCUUUCUUUCCUGUCUUUUUAAUGGCCUCUUGUUCUCUUCAUGUAUGAUGUUCUUGAUGUCAUUCCACAACUCACCUGGUCUUCAGUCAUUAGUGUUGAACACGUCAAAUCUUUUCUCGAGAUGGCCUCUAAAUUCAAGUGGGAUAUACUCAGGGUCAUACUUUGGCUUUUGUGGACUUCUAAUUUUCUUCAGUUUCAACUUGAACUUGCAUAUGAGCAAUUGAUGGUCUGUUCCACAGUUGACCCUUGGUCUUGUUCUGACUGAUGAUAUUGAGCUUUUCCAUCAUCUCUUUCCACAGACAUAGUAGAUUUGAUUCCUGUCUAUUCCACCUGGUGAGGUCCACAUAUAUAGUUGCCAUUUAUGUUGGUGAAGAAAGGUAUUUGCAAUGAAGAAGUCAUUGGACUUGCAAAAUUCUACCAUGUGAUCUCUGGCAUGUUUCUGUCACCAAGGCUGUAUUUUCCAACUAUGGAUCCUUCUUUGUUUCCAACUUUUAGCAUUCUAAUCAGCAGUAACUAUGAAUACAUCUUUCUUUGUUUCCAACUUUUGCAUUCCAAUCACAAGUAAUUAUCAAUGCAUCUUGAUUGUAUGUUUGAUCAAUUUCAGUCUGCAGAAGUUGAUAAAAAAUCUUCAAUUUUGUUCAUCUUUGGCCUUAGUGGUUGGUGAGUAAAUCUGAAUAGUAGUUGUAUUGACUGGUCUUCCUUAUAGGCAUAUGGAUGUUAUCCUAUCACUGACAGUGUUGUGCUUCAGGCUAGAUCUUGAAAUAUUCUUUUUGACAAUGAAUGCAGUAGCAUUCCUCUUCAUGUUAUCAUUCCCGGCAUAGCAGAUCAUGUGAUUGUCUGCUUCCAAAUGGCCAAUAGCAGUCCAUUUCAGCUCACUAAUGCCUAGGAUAUUGAUGUUUAUGUCUUCCAUUUCAUUUUGACUACUUCCAAUUUUCCUAGAUUCAUACUUCGUAUAUUUCACAUUCUGAUUAUUAAUGGAUGUUUGCAGCUGUUUUUCUCUCUUUGAGUUGUGCCAUAUCAGCAAAUGAAGGCCCCAAAAGCUUGACUCCAUCCACAUCAUUAAGGUCGAUUCUUUGAGGAGGCAGCUCUUCCCCAGUCAUCUUUUGAGUGUCUUCCAACUUGAGGGACUGGUCUUGCAGCACUAUAUCAGAUAAUGUUCCUCUGCUACUCAUGAGGUUUUUGCUGGCUAAUUCUUUUCAGAAGUAGACUGCCGGGUCCUUCUUCCUAGUCUGUCUUAGCCUAGAAUCUUGGCUGAAAUCUAUCUGCCACGGGUGACCCUUUGGUAUUUGAAUAUCAGUGGCGUAGCUUCCAGCGUCACAGCAACAAACUGUAUGACAAACUGACAAAUGCAUGGGGGGGAAGAAGAAGAAUUGAUGCCUUUGAAUUAUGGUGUAGGCGACGAAUAUUGAGUAACCACAGACUGCCAGAAGAAAGAAAGAAUCUGUGUUGGAAGAAAUACAGUCAGAAUGCUCUUUAGGAGCAAGGAUGUCGAGAUUUCAUCUCACAGACUUUGGACAUGUUACCAGAAAAGACCAGUCCCUGGAGAAAGACAUCAUGCUUGGUAAACUUGGUAGAAAGACAUCAGAAAAAAUGAGGAAGACCCUCAACGAGAUGGAUUGACACAGUGGCCACAGCAAUAGGCUUAAACACAGCAACGAUUGUGAGGAUGGCGCAGGACUGUGCAGUGUUUCUUCUGUUGUACACAGGGUCCCUAUGAGUCAAAACCAACUCUAGAGCACCUAACAACAACAAUGAUCCCUUCUUACUUGGCUUAUGGCCUUGCUUAUUAGAUUGUGUUGUAAGCACACAGCAGAUAAUCACAGUGAAGAAAUCUAAAAAUGUUGUCCUGGUACUGCUCUCUGACAGAUGGCUAUUUCAGAUACUGCUGUACAACUAAAAGGGAGUAGUGAGUUCUUAGCAGAAGAAAGGGGUCUCGUUUAGGUUACUUGCUGCUUCUACCACUAGAUAUAGGUACUGCCUUACUUAUGAUGUAUUCGAGUUACGACAAAUCUCACUUACGACCAUCUUUUUUUUGUACAUCUAUUUUUUUUGUUACUGAUAUAUACUGCGUACAAUGAUGUAGCACGUAAUUUGCUGAUCUUAUCAUUUUCAGAUGUUCACUUGCCAACAAAUAGAGACCGAAUUUAUAAAGAAACUGAUAAUAAAAGGCAAUAAUUGUUGUUGUUGUUGUUAGGUGCAUCCAGGUGGUUUCGACUCAUGGCAACCCUAUGUACAACAGAAUGAAAUAUUGCCCAGUCCUGUGCCAUCCUCACAACCAUUGCUAUGUUAGAGCCCAUUGUUGACACCACUGUGUCAGUCUGUCUUUUUGAGAGUCUUCCUCUUUUUUGCUAAUCCUCUACUUUACCAAGCGUGACGUCCUUCUCCAGGGUCUGGUCCCUCCUGAUAACAUGUCCAAAGUAUGUGAAAUGUAGUCUUGCCAUUCUUCCUUCUAAGGAGCAUUCUAGCCAUACUCCUUCCAAGACAUAUUUGUUUCUUCUUUUGGCAGCCUAUGGUAUAUUCAGGAAACCCUGGUGGCGUAGUAGUUAAGUGCUACAGCUGCUAACCAAAAGCUCAGCAGUUUGAAUCAGCCAGGAGUCCUUGAAAACUCUAUGGAGCGAUUCUACUAUGUCCUAUAGGGUCGCUAUGAGUCAGAAUCGACUCGAUGGCAGUCGGUUUGGUUGCAGUUUUGGUAUGGUAUAUUCAAUAUUCUUGGCCAACCUUAUAAUCCAAAUGCAUCAAUUCUUUUUUGAUCUUCCUUAUAUUAUUCAUUGUUCAGCUUUUGUAUGCAUAUGAGGUGUUUGAAAACACCAUGGCUUGGGUCAGGCACACAUUAGUCUUCAAGGUAACAUCUUCGCUUUUUAAUACUUUAAGGAGGUCUUUUGCACCAGAUUUGCCCAAUGCAAUGCAUCGUUUGAUUUCUUGACUGCUGCUUCCAUGGGUGUUGAUUGUGGAUCCGUGUAAAAUGAAAUCCUUGACAACUUCAAUCUUUUCUCCCUUUAUCAUGAUGUUGCUUAUUGGUCCAGUUGUGAGGAUGUUGUUUACUUUAUGUUGUGGUGUAAUCCAUAGUGAGGCUGUGCUCUUUGAUUUCAUCAGUAAGUGCUUCAAGACCUCUGCACUUUCAGCAAGCAAGGCUGUGUCAUCUGCAUGUUUCAGGUUGUUAAUGAGUCUUCCUUCGUUCCUGAUGCCCCAUUUUUCGUCAUAUAGUCCAGCUUCUUGAAAUAUAAAAAUUAUCAUACCAAUUAUAAACAACAAUGUUUAUAGCAACAUUAUUCACAAGAGCCAAAAGGUGGAAACAACCUAACUGUCCACUGUGAUGGUUAACCUUACAUGUCAACUCAGGUAGGCUAUGAUUCUCAGUGCUUUGGCAGGCACUAUGUAAUCACUUUUCAUUUUGUGAUCUGAUGUGAGCAGCCAAUCAGUUGAAAGGGGAGUUUCCUUGGGGGCGAGGCCUGCCUCCAGCAUAUAAAUGUGUGUCCUGGCAAAGCUCUCAUUCUCUUUCUGCCCUGCACUCUUCUCAUUGCUGACCUCUGAUUUUGGGGAGAAAAGCCUGCAGAAGUCUCUGGCCUGCUGCCUGACCCUCAGAAUUUUUAUUCGCCUAUCCCUGCAACUUCAUGAACCGGCAGAAGCCUCCAGUCUUCCACCUGGACCACAGAUUCUGGGUUUUUCAGCCCUUGCAACCACGUGAGCCAGCAGAAGUCUUAGCCUGCCAUCUUGCCCGUGGAUCUGGGUCUCGCCAGCCCUCACAAUCCAUGAGCCAUUUCCUCUGUCUAUAUCUAUAUAUUAAACCACUAUGCCACCAGGGUUUCCCUUGGAAACACUAUGAGGCAGUUCUACUCUGUCCUAUAGGAUCGCUAUGAGUCGGAAUCAACUCGACGGCACUCGGUGGGUUUUUUAUAUCUAUAUAUGCUUCACUGGUUUUGCUCCUCUAGAGAAUCUGAACUAAGACAUCCAUCAACAGAGGAACGGAUAAAUAAAAUGUGUUUUUUUGUUUGUUUGUUUUGUUUUUUUUUUAUAUACAUAGGCUGCUAACUGAAAGUUUGAUGGUUGGAACCCACCCAAAGGUUCUGUGGAAGAAAGAUAUGGUAAUCUGCUUUCAUAAGGACGACAGCCAAGAAAAACCCCAGAGGGCAGUUCUACUCUGUCACAUAGGGUCUGUUCCAUUCUAUCACAUGGGGUUGCUAUGAGUCAGAAUGGACUGAUGGUACCCAACAACAUAUAUACACAAUGAAGUAUUAUUCAGUCAUAAAAAGAAACGAAGUUCUGAUACAUGCCACCAAAUGAGUUAACCUUGAGAAGUGAGUGAAAUAAGCCAGACACAAAAGGUCAAAUACUAUAUGAUUUCAUGACUAUGAAAUAUCUAGAAUAGGAAAAUCCAUGGGGACAAAAGAAGAUUAGUGGUUAUGAGGGGCAUGGUGAUAAAAAAGCUCUCUGCAGAGCUGCAGCUAGUGUGACGUAGGAACCAGGGGCAGAUGGCCCAGUAAGCAAGUGUCAUGUAUUGAAUUGUGUCUCCCCAAAAUAUCUGUCAACUUGGCUAGGCCAUGUUUCCCAAUAUUGUGCUGCUGUCCACCAUUUUGUCAUGUGAUGUGAUUUUCCUAUGUGUUGUAACUCCUACCUCUAUGUUGUUAAUGAGGCAGGAUUAGAGGCAGUUAUGUCAAUGAGUGAGAACUCAAUCUACAAGGUUAGAUUGUAUCUUGAGUCAAUGUCUUUUGAGAUAUAAAAGAGAGAAGGGAGCAGAGAUAUAUGGGAACCUCAUACCGUCAAGAAAGUAGUGCCAGCAGCAGAGUGUGUCCUUUGGACCUGGGAUUCCUACAUUAAGAAGCUCCUAGACCAGGGAAGAUUGAUGGCAAAGACCUCCCUCCAGAACUGACAGAGAGAGAGAAAGCCUUCCUCUAGAGCUGGCACCCUGAAUUCAGACUUAUAACCUCCUAGACCAUGAGAGAAUAAAUUUCUCUUUGUAAAAGCCAUCCCCUUGUGGUAUUUGCGGUAAACACCACUAGAUUACCAAGACAGCACUGUAAGCAAGGCUUAGUCCAGCAUAGGAACUGUCUGGUCAAGUGUCCAUCUGUCCCAUGGUGGAAUCUCUUCAGAGUGGAUCUCUAAUGGCAAUGACUCCCUCCCAAAAGGAAGACUGAGUUAGUCAUGGUGGCCUGGGCCAGAAUGCCAUUGUUGCAGAUAACACAGAAGCAGAAGGGUGCACUCAGUGAAAGAAAUUUGGACAGCCCAAGGAGCCAGCCCAGGGCAGACACAAGGAAGCAUCAGUAUCUUGUUGAGCCUACAAGAAAGUGGCUUUCUGGAGCAGGCUCAGACUACUGGGUGCAUGACAUGUCCUCAGUAGGGCCCGUGCUUGGUUUAAUGCGCUGCUGUUACCAUGUUGCAAUUUGGACAAUGGGCCCCCGAAAUUAUGUACCCUGUCCUGUUCUGGAAGAAUCCAUUCUUAUCAGGACUUGGGACCUGAAAUGACUUUGGGUCAAAGCUUGAACUUGAACUACAGAAUGUCAUACAGACCAGGCUAAAGUCCACAGCAGUCUCUGAACAGAGUAACAGAAGACUGGGAACUUCAGCCUUCAGACAGGGUCAGAUCUGAGGCCAGAUCACAGUUCCCUCCUGUGCCAUGGUAGCAGGCCCUGGGAGGCAGAUGCUACCUGAACCCAUGGUAGCAUUGCUAAGGCUUUCCUGCAUAUUAAUGCUUUGGAUAAUUGCAAGUCUCCAUGGGGUAGAUGUAAAAUUCUCUACCAAUUCUUGCGUUGUAUUCAAGUCUUAAGUUCAGAGUUCCUCCAGGUAUUACUGUAUUUGAAAGCCGAGUCUUCGAGCAGUGUCUUCCCUGGACAUUACAGGAAGAUUCUGGUGUGGAACAUGAACACAACCAGAGAUGCUGCCUAUUUAGAGAAAGUACACCUUUUUCAGAUGUGCUCCCUGUUAUCCAUCACUGAGAAGAAAGAGUUUUAAGAGGCACCAAACUGUCCCAACCAGCAGCAGGUUAGGGUUGGGGUCUAGGGCACCAGUGAUGCCUCAGAGCUCAGCUACAGCCUGGUAGAACAUGGCUCACAGAGAAGUAGGAGAUGAUGGCAUGACAUGAGUGCCCACAUAUUUGCUUUAGAAACUGGAUGAAAAAUAAGAGAGUGGACUAGAAUACUCCCCAGAAAAGUCAGCAGGGUCAGAUGAGUUUUUCCAAGGUGGGGGUGAAGUGGGGUCAAUCUCCCUGGGUGGAGGCAGAAGGGCUGGAGAAAGGGGUGAAAGUUUAGAUUGAUUGCGUAAUGAUUAACUUAAGGAGGAUACUCUGUCUUCCAGUUAAAUGCCAUUUUGCUAAGUGGCUCAGUGAUAAGAUAACAUGAAGGAAACUUACGUAGUAGGCACAGCCUACGGGGAAAGUCAGUGGCUUUGGCUUCUGCUGAGAUGGCUGUGAGACUCUGGGUCCCCGUCAGCACUCAGGGUGCUGCUUCUCUUGCUGGGUGUUGAGCCCUGGGCUGAGGGCGGGAAGGUGCUGGUGGUGCCCAAC